UAUGGUAAAGUUGCUGUCUAAAUCCCCAGUGGCAUUAAAUAGUCCAACAUUGUAAUAAUGGGACAACAGUUUCAGAGAGAAUUACGAUAUGUAUUAAACAGAGAUUGACAAAAAUACUUAUGCAUUAUAAAGAAGCAUAAGAGGUUUCUGGAUAUUUGGAAAAGCAUUCUAUCCUGCUCUUACUUAACAUUACAGUUAGAAAUUAGAGCUAUAUCAAUUGAAAUAGCAAUUAGGAAAGGUAUAUAAUAUUAUAGAUUUAUAUUUCAGAUUGAAUAAUCAGAGGUGAAUUUAUAUAAGACAGUUGAUCCAAGCAUUAGCACUGUAUUGAAUAAGACAUUCAGUACUUAAUGGCUUUGGUGGAAUCUCUAAGACAUAUCCAUUACAGCUGGACUAUAAGUCUAUGCUUAAUUGUUUAAUUUUGGAUACUCAUGGAGAGUUGGAUUCUUAGUUCUACCAUAUUGUGCUAGAGUAAAUAAUUCCAUAACUCUUAGGUCUUUUAUGACUAUGCAACAUCAUACUAAAAUAAAUCAAGGGCAGUCGAAUUUCUAAACUGGGCAAUUCAAUAUAGAAAAGCUAAGAGCUAGAUCGAAAGAGGUAGUUUGGAUCCAUUAGCAAUUGAAAAAUAUUAAGCUCUUUUUGGAACUGUGAAGAAGGGACCACUUUAAGUAUAUGCAGAUGUUAUUGAAUUGGCUACCCAAUAAAAUCCUAAUUUGUGAU